GUAAAGGGAGAGCGAAGACGUAGUGUAACAGGAAAGUUGUUGGUCAAGGCCAAGGGCGGGUCGGGAGCAUGUUUCGAGGGCUGAGCUUGGAGGCUCCCAUGACUUGGUCUCCGUGUUUCAAACCAACAUUUAAACCAAACAUUACAAAUAAGGUGCCACUGCCACACCCUCGCAGCCGCCAAGAUUCCUCAUUCUCCAUCUUAUCCCAGGACAUACUAGUGCGCACCGCUCCCGCACCGCUUCAGAAACAAACGCGAUGGCGCUUACGUUUGAGGUUCUUGGCAGAUUCAACCGUGCUCGCGCUGCUCGGUUGACACUCCCUCAUUUUGUGUGCCAGACUCCUUUGUUUAUGCCUGUGGGCACACAAGGAACAAUAAAAGGAUUGACAAAUAGCCAGCUUGAGGACAUUGGUUGCCAAAUUAUACUUGGAAAUACAUAUCACUUGGCCCUUCGACCUACUUCUGAGCUUCUCGAUGAAGUUGGUGGUCUUCAUAAUUUUAUGAAUUGGCAACGGGCUCUGCUUACAGACUCUGGUGGCUUUCAAAUGGUUUCACUGUUGCAUCUUGCUGAUAUCACAGAAAAAGGCGUGACUUUUCAGUCACCAGUAGAUGGAAAACCAAUGCUUCUAACACCUGAGGAAUCAAUUCAAAUCCAAAAUAGAAUUGGAGCAGAUAUCAUUAUGGCUCUCGAUGAUGUUGUAAAGACCACCAUUACUGGUCCACGAAUUGAGGAAGCUAUGUAUCGAACACUUAGAUGGAUAGACAGAUGUAUAGCAGCUCACAAGAGACCUCAUGAUCAGAAUUUGUUUGGUAUUGUGCAAGGUGGUUUAGAUCCUGUAUUGAGGGAUAUCUGUGUCAAAGGUAUGGUGGAGCGCAAUUUGCCUGGCUAUGCUAUUGGUGGUCUUUCAGGCGGUGAAGAUAAAAAUUCAUUUUGGCGAGUUGUUGCUCAGUGCACUGCUGCCUUGCCAGAGGAUAAACCACGAUAUGUUAUGGGAGUUGGUUAUCCACUUGAUAUUGUUGUCUGUAGUGCUUUGGGUGCUGACAUGUAUGACUGUGUGUAUCCUACCCGUACAGCACGCUUUGGCACUGCUCUCGUUCCUGAGGGAGUAUUGAAACUAAAACAUAGACAAAUGGCUGAUGACACUCGUCCAAUUGAUCCUACUUGCCCUUGUAUGGUUUGCAAGACCUACAGCAGGGCUUACAUCCAUUGCCUUGUGACAAAAGAUGCAAUGGGGUCUCAACUUUUGUCAUAUCAUAAUUUAUACUACAUGAUGCAGCUCAGUAGGAAUCUACACUCUUCAAUAGUUGAAGGGAGGUUCCCAGAGUUUGUAUGUGACUUUCUGCGCAAAAUGUUCCCAAAAGGUGAUGUUCCUGAAUGGGUCUGCGAUGCCAUGAAGGUUGCUGGAAUUGAUAUUUCUUCCUGUUGUGCUCAGUUUUCAUCAUGCCAAGAAUAUGAUUCCAAAAAUAUGGUGGAAGAAGAAGAGGUUGUUAGUUUAAUGAGGUAAAAAUGAUAGACAGACAAACAGAAAUCGAAGUUACACCGAAGAGAUACACAUGAUUUAUUGCGGCAUAAAUUUUGUAUCCUGCUUAUGUCGCUUCCGUAACAGUUAUGAAAAAGUUAGGAUUUUUUCUGGGGUAGGGGGAAUUCCUUCUUGGUUCUUAUUAAUUUAUUAUCACACUCAUCAGAAGAUUCGUCUUAUAUUCUAGAAGAAUGUAAGAUGAUGGAUAGGUUAGUCUUGAAUGAAUGUAGGUUCAGGUAUUGUUUUCAUAGUACACUUGGUGAGAGUGAAGCGAAGCUUAAAUAUAUCUUACAUGCACAAGUUUGACAACAUUACAUAUAUGAUAUUCAUUUUAGUUCAGAUGUUUAAACUCAAGACAGAAGAACUAUUACAGCAAUUCUGCAUGCAAGAACUCUUGUAAUACUAAGUACAUUUCAUAGAGUUUUUAUGUAACUUAUUUAUUAGAUAAAAUUUUGUUAAACAUUUGAUUAAACUGCUUA